GCGCGUGACUCGGUGUCAUGUGACCGGAUCUGUUGUCCGGAGCCGCACAGAUGAAAAACACAACGAGGAAAGUGUACAAAAUCUAAAUCGGAGACCCCGAAGAAUCGUGGCUUUUAUUAAACGGGCGGUAUCAAGAAUUGAGUUGGUUUUGUAUCACAUUUAAAAUGCGGCUUUUUUUGACGUUUCGAACCAUGAAUCUUCCCUUUGUAAAGUAACUUUGCUCUGUGCUGAAGAUGAACGCUCUGGUUGCUCUCUGUCACUUCUGUGAGCUCCAUGGACCUCGGACGUUGUUUUGCACCGAGGCGCUGCACCCUCCAUCCCCCUCGUCCCACGCAGGUGCCCCGGUGCCCGGGGACAGGGACAGGGACAGGGAUGGUGACCGUGAAGGCGAAGGGCUGACCAUGAGGGCCAACAGCUCUGCCACACAGAGAGGAGAGAUGUGUGAGGGAUGUCGAUCUCUUCCUGCGUCUCACCCGGGAUUUAUGAGCAUUGACGAGGAAACGGGAAUCCGCUUCCUGAGCCACCAACAUCCCAGACAGCCGCAGCUGUUCAGCGUGGUCCGUCAGGCCUGCGUUCGCAGCCUCAGCUGUGAGGUAAACAGUGAUGUACGUCUGCGUGUGUGUGUGAGUCACACAUCUGAUGCACUGAAUAAACGUCCCGCAUCCACAUGUAUACACAUCUUCUUAUUUGCUCUCCGUCCGUUUCUCCAGGUGUGUCCCGGCCGCGAAGGACCAAUUUUCUUCGGAGAUGAGCAACAUGGUUUCGUGUUCUCGCACACCUUUUUUAUCAAAGACAGUCUGGCCAGGGGCUUCCAGCGCUGGUACAGUAUUGUCAUGGUGGCAAUGGAUCGGAUCUACCUCAUCAACUCCUGGCCUUUCCUGUUACGCCACCUGAGACUGACUAUACAGAGCCUGCAAAGCACAGCCUUAAAGGUGUUCGAAAAUGAACAAGGAGUUUGUCCCCAGCGGUCAGUGAGGAUGAACAGUGUGUUCUCACCUGCAGUUUUCCCGCACCAAAGGAGCGGCAACGCAGCCCGAUCGCUGACUUCCCUCACGCAGCAUCAGAACCUGUGGGCCAGCCUGCACUCCUCCUUCAGCUGGCUGCUGAAGGCGUGUGGUUGCCGUCUGACAGAGAAGCUACUGGAGGGAGCCCCCACUGAGGACACACUGGUGCUCAUAGAGAGACAGACAGAGCAAGAGGAGGAGAUGAGCUGCUGGGAGGGAGCAGAAGGAGGCUGUUCUUCAUCACAGCCGCACCAGUUAGAGAGCGAGCUGGGCCUCGACUUCCUGUGUGAUAAUGACAAACCAACUGAAUUACCCGGUCCAAAGUUUACGUCCCUGAGGCACCUGAGACAGGUUCUCGGGCCUGGUGAGUUCCGACAGCUCGUGUGGCACGUGCUCAUGGGGAAUCAGGUCAUAUGGAGAGGCGCUGACCCCGGGCUCAUCCAGUCCGCUUUCACGGUGCUCAAGUCUUUGCUCCCGGUCGGCUGUGUGCGCUCGGUGCCGUUCAGUGCCCAGUACGAGGAGGCCUACAAAUGCAACUUCCUGGGUCUAAGCCCAGAUGUGCCGAUUCCAACGCACGUCAGCUCCUCAGAGUUUUCAGUGCUGGUGGAUGUCGGUCCAGACAGAAGCUGUCCCAUGUCAGCCGCCGGGGAGGAAGAUAUCUCUUCAAUUUAUCAGUUCGCCAUCAGCAGUGCCAACACACAGCCCACAGACAGGGGUCCCGCAUUAUUAAACAAGCUUGAAGUAGCUCUGUCCAACGAGAACUUGUCCGUGGACGUCGUGUCUCACUGCCUGUUGUGUCUGAAGGAAGAGUGGAUGAAUAAAGUUAAAGUGCUGUUCAAGUUCUCCAAAGUGGACGGGCGAGGGAGAGAGGACACCCAGAAGGUCCUGGCCCUCCUCGGCGCUACGGGACCGGGCGAGGAGGACAACGUCCGGCUGCUCAAGUUCUGGAUGACGGGGCUGAGCAAGACAUACAAGAGCCAUUUAAUGACAGCCGCCCGAGGAGGGGAGCGCAGCCCCAGCCAAUGAAGGGAGGGGGCGGCGGAGGCGGGGGAGGAUAAAGGGAAAUAAAGAUGAAGGGAUUCUAAUAGAAGGGAAAGCGAAAGCUUAUUCGGGGCUUUCGGUGGAAACAAAACGUAAUGGGGAUGGAUGACGGAGGGGCUUCGGCUCGUCCCGUGUUAUUUUUAAAGUAAUUUAAGGCUCCUAACCUUGAUUAUUCUGCACAGAUUAACACAUUUGGUCAGUUUAGAUAACGUGUGGGGGCUUUUAUUUGUCAAAGGGAAUUAUUGUAGAAGACCUCAUCCUACUAAUGUUUAACUUGUUACAAACAGACUUUGCACUUUGUUUACUCUUUUUUUUUCAGACGUUUUUAAAAUGAAAAUAAAUUAAUAUGAAUAACGUC